AUUUGCGAUUUUUGGCCCAAACCUUAUCUUCAUUUGAGAUGGCUUCCUAUGAUGAGGACCAUGACUUGGUAUCUUCUUCUCAAAUGGAAACCGGAGAAGAAAGUAGAGUCUCUUUACAGGUAUCUGAAUUGGUAGACUGGAUGAAUACACUGGAAAUAGAGGAUAAUGCGGAAGAAGAGGGAGAUUGGAGAGGGAAUCUCUUAUCUUGGCUGACCAACCAAGCUCCCCUACUGCCAGUUUCCAAAAAGGCUAUAGAGGAACUCAGAACUUUACAAUUGACUGAAGAUAUUCCAAGUGAUAACUCGGUUUGUGUGGUAUGUGCGGACUCAUUUCAGCCGGGUGACGAGGCAAAGCAACUACCUUGUCAACAUUUAUAUCACUCUGCGUGUAUUUUAAGUUGGUUCCGACAGGUGCUGGAAAAACUUUUGUUUGAACUGUAUAGAAACUGACGUGGUUGUAGCAUAAUUCCUGUCCUUUAUGUAGGCAUGAGUUACCAACCGAUAAUCCUAUAUAUGAAGCACAAAGAAGAGAUAGAGAGAGGUGGAAAGACGCUUCUCAUAUGUUUGCCUAAGACAUUUUGGCGCCAUUCUUCUUUUUACUUCAUAAUUGUCGCAGAAACAGAAAAUUAUAAAGAAUUGAUUGAUCGU